AUGCGUUUCCUGAUCUUAUUUCUCGUGGUCUUCUCGACAGCGGCAGCUUCUGAUCUCGAGUGGUGGAAAACCGCUUUAAUCUACCAAAUCUAUCCUCGAUCCUUCAAGGACAGUAAUGGUGACGGCAUCGGCGAUCUUAAUGGUAUAACGGAGAAGCUGGUUUAUUUGAAUCAGACAGGAGUUGAUGCGAUAUGGCUCUCACCGAUCUACCUCUCGCCCAUGUAUGACUUCGGAUAUGAUAUCACUGAUUACAGGAAAAUAGCGCCAGAAUACGGCACCAUGGAUGAUUUCAAGACGCUCAUGACAGAAGCAAAGAGACUGGGUAUUCGCGUAAUAAUGGACUUUGUCCCUAACCACACGGGAAAUGAGAGUGAAUGGUUCCAGAAGUCGAUUCGACGCGAGCCAGGCUACGAGGAUUACUAUAUCUGGGCUGACGGUAUCAAAAUUGAGGGAUCCAAUGAGACUAAACCACCGAAUAAUUGGGUGAGCACUUUCAGGAAGAGUGCGUGGGAAUACAAUUCUGUUCGCGGUCAAUACUACCUUCACCAAUUUGUAAUCGGACAACCAGAUCUUAACUAUCGAAGCCCAAGGGUUCAAAGGGAAAUGAAGGAUGUCCAAAGAUUUUGGCUCGAUUUAGGAGUGUCCGGCUUCCGUGUGGACGCUAUCAAUCGCCUGUACGAAUCUAAUCCCGCUGAUUUCGGUGGUCGCUACCCAGAUGAGCCUCUAUCAGGAAUCCCCAACACAAAUCCCGAUGAUUACGAAUACCUCAACCACAUUCAUACCGAAAAUCUGAACGAGACCUAUGAAGUGGUUUACGACUGGCGAGAUCUUCUAGACGAGUACAUUGAACUGCAUGGAGAAUACAAGAUCAUGAUGACGGAGGCUUAUGCGGACUUGAACAGCAUGAUGCGCUACUACGGAACUAAAACAAGGAACGGAUCUAUACCCUUUAAUUUCAGCUAUUUAGGAGACAUCAACAAGGACUCUGACGCAAGACAUAUUAAGACUGUCAUCGAUAAAUGGAUGACGUACAUGCCGAGUGGAAAAACUGCCAACUGGGUGAACGGUAAUCACGAUCAAAGCAGGAUGGCUAAUCGUCAGGGUGUCGACAGAGUUGAUGCUAUGAACAUGAUAGCACUGUUGUUGCCUGGUGUUGCCAUCACAUACCAGGGUGAGGAAAUAGGAAUGACGGAUGGAGAGGUCAGCUGGGAAGAAACAAAGGACCCCCAGGCUUGCAACACUGACGACCCCGUGAACUACUGGAAGAAGUCUCGAGACCCCAAUCGCACACCCUAUCAUUGGGAUAAUAGCACCAACGCGGGAUUCUCCACUGGAAAAACUUGGCUACCAGUCGCCAGUAACUACCAAGAAGUAAACUUGGCUAAACAAAUCAAUAAUACCAAAAGCCACUAUCAGUUCUACAAGGAUGUUGUAAACAUAAGAAAGACGGCUGCUGUGAAAUAUGGAGAUUUAGACACAAGAGCUCUGUCGGAAACAAUAUUAGUUAUUACAAGAUUAUUACCGGGCGAGCAGGGAGUAUUGGGCAUUGUGAAUUUAUCAGAUGAAGAUCAAUAUGUUGAUCUGAGUUCACUGCGUUUAAUACCGAGAGUGAUCAAAGUUAAGGCUGCCGGAGUCAAUUGCGAUGUUAUGCAGGGAAGUCUUCUCAUCAAGAACAAAAUACCAAUAAACGCUCACUGUGCUUUAGUUCUACAAUCUAUCAGACACUGCUGUUAA